AUGGCAGUCCAGAAGAGUAACCGGGACAUUGUAAGGAUGUUACUGGCUGCCGGAGCAAAGAGACAACUAGACGAAGUGCUCGAAAUCGCAUUGGUGAAGAUAGACGCAGAGAUAGUGCAAUUGCUCAAAGACUUUGGAGCUGUUGAACACGAUGAUGGAUUUGGUCUCGAGGAGCUCAUGGAGGAGUCGGCGUAUAAGAUUGUAAUGGAUGAAGAGACGCAAACAAUGGCUGGCGCCGAGAAUCUCGACGAGCGUCCGGUGUAG